CAGUUCCCACUCCGUAGGGAGGAGUUAACAUAAUUUACGCUUUCCGUGGGAGAGGACAGGGGGCGAAUAGGGAACUUAAAAGGGUUGUGCAACGUUUGCAUCAGGGAAUCGAUAGCCGGGAAUUGAAGGAGUAAAGAGAGCGGAGGGGACAGUCAUUGUGGAUACUGCCGUGGUUCUGUUAAAAACAUUCCAGCAGCUCAAUCGUUCCAUUAUCGCGUGUUAGUUUUGCGUCUUCUGAAUGACACUAGCAGACAGGGGGUUAGCUCACAUGUUGCAUACGUCUUAUUAAUAUCAAACAAUGCGGUAGUGGUGAAAGCAGUGAAAAUAACAAAGAAAGAUAAUAUCUGUAGAGAAGAGGCAAUACUGUAGGUUACAGUUUUCUUUGUUGGGUUCCUCUGCAAAACUAAAGGCUUAAAGAUGUCUAAACCAAAUUACACAGGAACCUUUCACAUGGUGUCUCAAGAUAACUUCGAAAACUACCUCGCAGCUCUGGAUAUUAAUUUUGCCCUGCGGAAGAUAGUGUGUAUGUUGAAGCCCAGUAAACAGAUAGUCCACGACCCGGCCACAGGCAGUAUGAAGAUCCGCACACUCACCACCUUUAAGAACUUUGAUAUGGAUUUCAAACUGGGUCAGGUCUUCACUGAGGACCUGGGACCUGUGGAUGGACGAGUCUGUCAGACCACAGUGGACUGGGAGGGUGAUAAGCUGGUGUGUGUUCAGAGAGGAGAAAAAGAGGGAAGAGGAUGGACACACUGGCUGGAGGGAGACAAGCUACACCUGGAGAUGAGAGUUGGAGAUGUAGUCGCCAGGCAACUCUUCAAGAAGGCCGACUGAAACCACUGGGAAGGAUCUUGUUCAUCAACUCAACGUUCAUGAUUCUCAUUAGAAAACAGUCUAGGACUUGGUAUAUAAGUGCCAUAGUUUUUUUAAUAUGAUCAUCAUUGUUUUAAAACCAUUACUUAAUGGACAAAAUUGAAGAUAUUAUUUAAUUAGUGUGCUAUUUCACUGUGGGAAAGAUUGUCAAUGGUCUAUUUUGAAUGUUGUCAUGGUACAGUGCAGGGUGAACUGUGUAAACAUUCCCAAUGUGUUUCCCCACUACGAUAGUUCACAAUGCCAUUGAAUGUUCCCUUUUGUGAUGUAUGUGGCUGUUCUGUGUUCAAAUAUACCACCUUUUACCUCC